AUGGCAGAAGCUAUCAUGGGUUUCACCAUUAUCAGUCCACAUAUUCAUAGCUCCUCUAUGCAAACAACUAAAUUGGACAUGAAUCACACGAGCUCAUGUACCAGAUUGCUUAGGCAGUCUUCAAGCUCUGAACUUUUCAGUGGGUGCAGGCAGCUUGUAGUUGGGAAGAAGAGCAAAAGAGCCUCUUUAUGCAAAACAAAUGCCUUCCCAGAUUGGCCUUUGAUGGCAGUUCUAGUUGAACAUAUAGAAGGCCAAAGAGACCUUAUAACCCACAAAUCUAUUGUGCAUCUCAGUGAUGAAUCCAUAAAGAAUGUCUAUACUUUUUACAUCAUGUUCACUUGUUGGGGAUGCUUAUUCUUUGGUUCCAUGAAGGAUCCAUACUAUGAUUCAGAAACGUACAGAAAAGAUGGAGGUGAUGGUACUGGACAUUGGAUUUAUGAGAAGCAAGCAGACAUUGAAGAAUCUGCAAGAGCAGAGUUGUGGAGGGAGGAGCUGAUUGAGGAGAUAGAGCAGAAGGUUGGAAGCUUGAGAGAGUUGGAAGAGGCUGGUAAGGAGGAGGAGCUUGUCAAGUGA